AUGCCACAAUAUCCGACACUCACAAUCAUAUCUCGACAUCCACAAUUGCCAGUUGCUGGCAAUAGUCAAUCAGUUGUCACAUCAGAUAUGGUUCAACAGAUGAUUCUCUCUGCCUUUUCUGCUCUUGGCCUUCAAGGGAAAGGUAAAACUAUUACUUUCGUUUCUUCUCCUUGGUUUGUUGAUUCAGGCUCCACGGGUCUGAUUGAUAAAGAGAUUGUUUUGUUAUUAGUCUAUGUUGAUGAUAUUGUCAUCACAAGAUCUGACAAUCAAUUGAUGUUUCAGCUACAAAAAUGUCUUCAGGGUUCUUUUCAUAUGAAAGAUUUGGAGUCAUUAACUUAUUUCUUAGGACUCGAGGUUCACUCUUCUCCCGCUGGUGCUUUUCUUCAUCAGCACAACCAUACGAAGAGACUCAUUGCUUUGGCUGGUCUUCAAGAUGGUCAUUCUACUGAUACUCUUUUGGAAGUAAAUGCCAAAUAUCAACAGAAUGAUGAUGACUUUCUAUCUGAAUCAUCUCUAUAUCGACAACUAGUUGAGAGUCUCAAUUAUCUGACCAUUACGCGUCCUAAUAUUUCAUUUGUUGUGCAACAAGUUAGUCAAUUUAUGCAAGCACCUACACAUAUUUAUUUAGCAGCAGUUCGACAUAUUAUUCAGUAUUUAAAAGGUUCUUCUCAUCUUGGUUUGUUCCUUUUUGCGCAGUCUCCAAUCAACUUAACAACCUAUAGUGAUGUUAAUUAG